AUGGAAGAUCAAAGGCCCGUGAAGCUCUCUUCCUACUCCAAGCUCCAGGCCGUACAGGUUCUGGUUUCUUCUCUUGCCGAUGAAUCUCCCAUGGUCAGAAAGGCCUCCAUGGCUUCUCUCGAGGAAAUUGCCGCUCUGAAUCUGGUUCUGAUUCUUGACUGUUGCUCGGCGGUUUCACCAGGAGGACGUCGGCUCUUUGGGAACAUGGCUGGUGUUUUUCAAGUAAUGGCAUUUGGAGCUCGGGUGUUGGACAAGAAGGAUCUUGAUCCUUCUUUCAUGGCUAAGCUUGCUAAGAUUGCCACGGCCGAGAUGAUUUCCUCCAAGGCACUAAGCACUGACUGGCAAAGAGCUGCAUCUUGGUUGUUGGUUUCAAUAGGCUCACAUUUUCCUGACCUAGUACACAAGCGACUCCGAGGAGCAAGGGAGCAGCAGCUACUGCAUAAUGUGCUUCGAGAGGGUCAUUUUGAUUUUCAGAGCGUUUAUUGUGUUGGAAUGGGUAGACUGCUGGCUGAAGUCCUUCCACGGCAGGAGAAAGACAGGAUAACGUCCCCGUUGUUGGACUGGAACAAGAAACGGAAGCUAGUUGUCAUUUGCCUCAGGUUUAAUGAACUAAAGGUCUUUGGACUUUCUUAUACAGCCUUAUGUGUUGUAUACACCCAUAGAGAUGUAUACAUGAUCUUUGGAAUCUGGACUCGUGAAAAUAGGAGUGUGGCUAAGGUUCUUUAG